UCUGGCAUCAUGUAGCGUAUGAUUAUUCUGCGACAGAAAUACACUACGCUACCCAACAAGAUUCAAGACAGAAACAUUUUCUAUUUAUCUGCCGCUCUCUCAUCAAAAAUUGAACAUUUUCCUUUCUAAUUUCAUUAUCUUAAUAUAAUAUAAUAUAUUCAGUGUAUUUUCUUUUUUGGAAGAAGAAAAAAAAUCAGGGUGUUGUCGUUGAAUAUCCCUUAAAUUGUGUUUUCUGUGAUCAACAAUUUGGUGAUCAACAAUGGAAAUAAUCAAAUGAAAAAAAUUCAAUUCAAAUUGUUAAUUGAAUGUAACGGGAAGCUAUGAGCAAGUAAAAGAAAUAAGCAAGAAAUUUACUGUGAGUGUAUGUAAGUGAGUGACUGGCUAUAUGACAUUUUUCAUUGUGAAUUAUUUUAAAAUGUGAAAAGAAGAUUAAGACGUUGAUUCAAAAGCAAACGUGAAAAGAAAAAGGAUACAAAACGAAGCUGCGUCACUCAAAGAUACCAAAUGAAGAAAAACGGAAAUUAGACGCAAACAUUUUUCUAUCAAAAUUAAUCAAAAGCGAAAUUUUCAAUCAAAAAUAUUGACGCAAACACAAAUUUACCCCUCAACAAUAUUGUCGACAAUAAUUGCAGAAGACCCAUGAAACAGACGAUGAUUUCUUUUUAAUAUUAUCGUUUAACGCCCACAUUUGGCUCGAAAGCAUACAAUAGCGCAAAUCCACAACCCCUCCAAAAAAAACAGACAAAUCAACGACAUAGAGAGACAGACAGAGUUUGGGUGAGUGAAGAGAGCAGCCAAAUUUCGGGAGCCAUUUGGAAAAUUUCAUCGAAAUCAAGCAGCAAUUUGCAAAUGAUGUGUUCGCAAUCAUUGCAUCAACAACGACAUGGCCGAUUUAGAAUCGAUCAUUGAAUUUUCGAUUGAAUUCUAUAAAUUCCAUAAUGUCGAUUUAUUUCAACGAGGAUUCUAUCAAGUGCGAUGCUCGUUACGUGUGUCACCGCGAAUACCAGUGCAGAUAGAGACGAUCGUACCGAGCGUAUUGGAAAGUUUAAAUGAAGAAAUCACAUCGUCAACGACAAAAAAAGAAUCGGUGAUUCGUGGUGCUGGUACAUCGAAAACAUUUCAAAUUCUCUAUCGAAAUGAAGAGGUGAUACUCAGAGAUACGGUUUUGUUCCGUGUACGAAUGCCAGUCGAUAGCAAGAAUAUACGUCAAUCGAUUGAGCGUGCCGAAUUCUCAUUAGUCGUUGAAUUAUGGUUUGGCGAACAGACGCCCGGUCUGAAUCUGGUCUCAUCGCGUACACUGAAUUUGAAUUUUCAUCCGAUUCGGGGUCUCCACUAUCAUUUGCCCGUGUUAUUCGAUUAUUUUCAUAUGGCUUCCGUUAGUUUGGGCAUUCAUGCAAGUUUAAUAGCGUUUCAGUAUAAUAGUCUUACGAAGAGCUCAAAAACAUGGAACGGAAGAUUAAGCUGUCGAGGUGGAACUUCAUCAAAUCAUAUCGAUAAACCGUCAAAACAUGCAACAUCCAAUCGUUUAUCAUUCACCAAACAGGUGCAUGCUGAAAUUUGUGCCUUACUCAUCGAAGUAUUGGAAUCGCUGAAAACAAAUUUAACCGAUUUUAGCUGCGUAUUGCCCAAUCAAUGGAUCAAUGUCACAACAAGCAAUAUUAAUUCGUCUGAAGAACUCGAACAGUUGACCAACCGUACAAAGCAGAAAUGUAAUUCGGAUGAGAAUUUUUUGCAAAAAGCAAAAGCUGAUUUAAAGCAACUGUGUGAUGAAUGUUCAUUAUGCUGGAAACAUGCAUUAACCGUUGGAAGUCAACCAUCUGUGCAUAGUUUAUUGGCAAAACGUCAUCAUAUACUUCGUGUAAAACGUUUUGCCGAAGGUUUUUUUGUAAAAAGUAAUGCACGUCAAACGGCUACCAUGUGCAAUGAUUCCAAUUAUCAAAAUUAUAAUGCGAUUUAUGAAGCGGCGAAACGAUCGCGAUACAUCAAUUCCCUCCCACUGCUGCCUGUGCACUGUACACCAAUUGACGGUGAUGCUAAUUCACUUCCGCUUAUAUUCGAAGAUAAAUACGAAGGUCUCACUGAAUCCACAAAUAAUCGACAUUUUAAAAAGCAUUCCGACGAACGGACGCCAGCAUCACAGAGUUGCUGCAAAAAUGAUUGUGCGUGUCCAAUGCAUACAAAUUGGUCGUCAUCAUCGUCGUCAUCAAAUGGUGUGAUCAAUGGUGGCGGAAAAUUUGUUGGUGUUUUAACUCCACGUCUUGCACUUGGCGGUGAAGUGCUACAAGCCAGUCUCACCAUUUCACCAUCGGCCCAUAAAAAUUUUGUUCAACGAACAAUGUCUGCACGACAUUCCGUUUCGGUUUCAAAUACAAUUCAUCCCAAUCAUUUCUACGAUUAUGGCAUAAGCAAUGGCAGUGGUAGUGGCAACGGUAACGGUGCAGUGCCCGUCUUUCCAACGCGUCACAGUAAAUCACUUGAUCAAUUAGAAUUAUCGGCAAUUAAUAAUUAUGAAAAACAUUCACAUCAAAAUGGAAUUGAAUGCAACUAUGCAUAUGGCACGCAUUUAAUUCCAUACGAACAUGCAUUGCUUGAACAUGCAGAAAUUGGUGAUUGUUCAUCCGAUGCUGAUAAUAUUGGUCAAUUUAAAAUUGGUAACAGUUCGAAUGCAUUUCAUGAAGUGUCAUCAAAUCAUCGCAAAUGUUUGGAACGAACGAAAAGUGCGAACGGUGAUUAUUGGAAUGGGCAACGAUGUAGCGGUUCACUCAAGAAAAAAGGUUGUUCAAAAGCGAUUACACUUGAUAGCAUUAGUUCGCAGAAAUUGUCGCACAACGAAUCAUUUAAAGAAAAUAAACCGACGGCAUCAACGACGACGGUUAAACAAGAAUUAACCACGUUAACAGCAAAAACGAUUCCGUGUAAUGGAAAACCGGAAUUGUUUGUUAUGCGAUCUGAGCGUAUUAUAAUGCCACGAAAUCCACCAAUUGCAUUAAAAAAAUCCAAUAGAAAACUGCUUAGCGAACGAACAACAAGUUUUACACACACCAAAGCCAGAGAAGUGGAUAAAUUAAAUAUAUCGAGUUCAGAGAAUGAAUCGUCACCAAUCCGAAAAGUUAGCAAACGUAAACGAAAACUAACACUUUCAUCGAGUGUACCAUUACGAAUGGAAAAUACAAAUGGAAAUGCACGUGUGGCUAGUGAAAGUUUACCAAAUUUAUUACAAAAUGCGUUGACAAUGUCAUCGUCACAAUCGAUGAACAAUUGGCCAGUGAGGAUGAUGAAUAUCAACGGCGAUGAAUCAAUUAGCGAUAAUAAUAGCCCAUGGAAUAUGAGUGAGAAAAGUUUGAACGCAUCGGAUUCGGAUCGAUGUGAGAAGAAUGAUGUUAUACCAACAAAUGGUCAAUACCUGCAAAUCAAUGGAAAUCGAUCAAUUUAUCAUCGAAAAGACUUAAAAAUUGACAGUAUCAAAUGUGAACAGGAAGACGAUUGGUAUGAAAUAAAACCACUGCCCGAACGCCAUUUAUACGUACGCAAAGAUUUAAUGCUUCAAACAAAAGAAAAUUGUUUUCGUAAAAAUUUGUGCGAAAAAUCAAAAUCAGAAUUUAAUUUAAAUUUAUUAACGCCACCCGAUCAAUUUCGUGAUCCACCAACAUAUGAAACUAGCUCAACAAAUAGCACCACCGAAAAUGAGAAUAACAACAACAAUGACGAUGAUGAUGAUGACGAUGGUGACAGUCAAACCAUUGAGUAUUUAGACGAUGAUCUGGCCGAAUGUCGAAGCAUGAUAAAAUCACAAAGUAACCGCGAUCUCACCUAUCAAAAUGAUUUUUAUCGUGUACACGUCUUACCACCGACCAUUGAAUGUGUUAACAAAGAAUCGAAUGGACAGGGUCGCAUUGAUGAAGCUGAUAUUGAUGAUAAUGGUGUGGAAAAUAAACAAACCAAAGUCACGCUACCUCUAAUGUCGCAUGAAAAAUGUCGUAUUGAAUUCCGUAAGCAAAUCAAAUAUUCCGGCCAAAUGUAUUGUGAUUUCGCAAAAUUUGCAUCGGAAUUACCAUAUUUCCAUCAUAUCAACGAUGAAGAUCGUCUACUAUCACGAAAUGGCAUGCAUUUAAUCGUUUGUGUUCAUGGUUUGGAUGGAAAUUCAGCCGAUUUACGUUUGGUGCGAACAUAUUUGGAGCUCGGACUACCCGGUGAAAAUUUGGAAUUUUUAAUGUCCGAACGCAAUCAAGGCGACACAUUUUCUGAUUUUGAAACCAUGACUGACCGAUUGGUGUCGGAGGUGCUGUCGUAUAUAGACAGUUGUGGUUUGAAUCCAACGAGAAUUUCCUUUGUGGCACAUUCAUUGGGUACGAUAAUCGUUCGAUCGGCAUUAUCACGGCCGCAACUUCGUCCAAUUCUGCCUCGAUUGCAUACAUUCCUUUCAUUAUCCGGGCCACAUUUGGGCACGCUUUUCAACAGCAGCGGUUUGGUUAAUAUGGGCAUGUGGUUCAUGCAAAAGUGGAAAAAGUCUGGUUCAUUAUUGCAAUUGUGUAUGCGGGAUAAAUCCGAUUUGCGCAAGUGUUUUUUGUAUAAAUUGAGUCAAAAGAGCACUUUGCAUUAUUUUAAAAAUGUGCUGCUGUGUGGAUCAUCGCAGGACCGAUACGUGCCCUCUCAUUCUGCUCGCAUGGAACUGUGUAAGGCGGCUGUUCGCGAUAAUUCAAUUUUGGGCGCAGUCUAUCGUGAAAUGAUCCAUAAUAUAUUAUCGCCGAUGUUGGCCCGGCCCGUCCGGUUUAUUCGUUACGAUGUACAGCAUGCAUUGCCAAACACUGCAAAUGCACUGAUUGGCCGCGCUGCUCACAUAGCCGUACUCGAUUCCGAACUUUUUAUCGAGAAAUUUUUAUUGGUCGCUGGUUUAAAAUACUUUAGCGAAGACGUCAAUUAGUUACCUGCCUGCUGUGAAACAGAGAAGAAGAUUAGAAGAAGAAUGAUUAUGAAAAGAAAAAUGUGUCCCUUUUUAAGAAACAACAUUCAAUUCCAAGAUUUGUGUUUAAGAAAAUCGAAAAUUCAUUUAAAUAUAAAAAAAAAAAAAUUGCUUGUGAUUCCCUCUUCCUCCAAAUUUGGAAAAUAUGUCUAUUUGAAUUGUUUAGUGUGUGUGAACAAUGGCCUAUUUCAAUUGUCUUUAUUUCGAAUUUUUUUUUAUCUUUUAACAUUCUUGACUUCAAUUGGUCAUUACAACACACAAUGAGUCUUAUUGAUCAUCGUGACGUUAAAAAAGAACAUUUUAACUGAUAUUCAAAAGAAAAAAUUCAAUGAAUCUAUAAAUUAAAACAGAACUUUAUGUAUGUGACACUGUAAGAAAAUGCUUAUGAAUUUGAAUGCGUCCAAAAUAAUUUACGCAAUAUAUUAAAUUAUGUAUAUAUAUGAUCUCGGUCAUAUUGAAGAAUAUGAAGAGAAAAUAAAUGCAAAUCGUGCAAAAACUAUAGGAAUGUAUGCAUUUUACGUGGAGAUUUCAAUAUUCAUAUGUAUAUGACCGAAUCCAUCUAAUCGUUUUCUUUACGCAAUUCUCAAGUAAUUUUUAAGUUGGAAUAUAAAUGUUUGUAGCUUUUGCAAGCAAUCAAAUCAAAACUCUGAACAAAAUCAAAAAAGUGCCAAUUUUUUGACCAAUUAUCAUUUAUGGAUCUGUAUCGAAUUUAAAUGCGAAAAUGAUCCAAAAAUUGAGAAGACAUUUCGUUUUAGGCCACUGAAGUGUAGACAGAUAUUUCCGAUAGAUGUUCGGCCGAGCUCGGCAUUACCAUUUGUGUAUUGCUGAGAGGUGCGACUUUCGAAAGACUUACUCCCGAAUUUUCGGUUGGCUAAAAACAUACGGGGAAUUUCUCUUUACAUGUUGUUUGUUUAGAUUGAAAUCUAUUCAUUUUUUCCGAUUCCAAUUGUCAUUAGGAGUUUCUUACUCUCUUCAAAGAUUGAAAAUCACUUCUAACAUAAAACUAAAUCAAUAAAAUAACUUUUACAGUGGCUUCUCGGUUUUUUCAUGCACAAUUUUUCCAUACAAAUAAAUCUCAUACACAAAAGAAUUUUUACAAAACAAAAUACUUCGAACACUUCUCACCAAAAUAUCUCAACUUUUUAAACUCUUGCCUUCAAUCGAAACUUCAGUAUCAAAUUAAAAAAAGAAAACAAAACAGAGAAUCAGAAUAGAGUAUUAUAUGAAAUGAAACAAGAAAUCAAAACGAACAAAACAAAAACGAACGAUCGAUGGUUAGAUUCGGCUUAGGGUUUUGUAGUAGGAUGAAGAGAAUCGAAUAUGUUUAUUUGCGAAAAUAUUAUCUUUAGAGAGGGCAAUGAUUUAUAUAAACGAAUAAAUAUAUAUAUUAUAUUAUGUAUACAAAAUACACCAUUUAUUAGUGAAUUAGUAAAAUUGGCUGAUGAGCAAUUUUAUAUUUAACAAAGCAGAGAAAACCGAACAAAUGAUCUAUAUAUUAUGACACGAAUUAUAGUUAAAAAUGCGUACGGAUUGUAGCUAAUGGAUUUUUCCUCUCGGAAAGUGUUAGAGUAAAAAAAGAAUAAUAAUCAAAAAUCAUAUUGUGAUUAGAUAAUGCAAAGAUUUUUAUCAAACACACGCACGCUGUUCGUUUGGUGUGUAAAAGUAUAAAAGUAGAUGAGAAUCAAAAAAUGCUUAAAAAGAUUCAUCGCAUACACAAAAUGGCACAAUAGCUCCUAUCUCAAUCGAAUUGACGGUGUCCUAUAUGCUCUAUAUUUAGACGGAAAAUAUACGUAUUUGUAGAAGAAAAAGAUGUUUUGUUUAUGGUAGUGAAGUGAAAGCAAACGGUCUAGUUAGUCGAAUGAGAAAAGUCAAUUAUAUCGAAUUUGAGUCUGAGUUUUAUUAUUUAAAAAAAGUCAUAUUUUUCGCCAUCUCUUAAUAAAGCAGCUAGUAAAUAUAUACAAAACAUUGUAUGCAAUCCUCAUUUUACUCAACUCCAGCCACGUUGUAUUGUGUAGACUAGUAUUUAGCGAAGCUUAUAUGAUCUCUCGAACAUACGAAAGAACACAAAGAUUUUAAAUAAAAAUUUAUCAAUAUUUUUAAAUUGUUUACAGUUACACACCGUUUAACCAAAAAUGUUAUUUAGAACUACGUUGACACACGUGGGAAAGAAGAAAAAAAUCAUUGUACAUGUUAUUAACACAGAUUUUAUUGUAACUUUUUUCACCAUCCCCCACUAUGGAAAUACGCCGUCAAAAAAAACUAUCGUUACAAAUAUAUUUAGUAUUUGAGAGUAUGUGCAAAUUCACUAAAUUGAGAACCAAUCAACAAAAAACCAAACAAAAAACAAAAAAUUCUAUACAUUUUUUAUAGGUGUUAAAAAGAUUUAUUUACUAUCUAUCGACUAAAAAAAUACUAUACAAAGAAACAAUCGAAAAAUGUUUGUAUUCAUGUUUGCGAUUUUGAUGUUUGCGAUCAUAAAUUUAAUCGUAGUCUUUGUUUCAGAGAGGUUAAUAACCGGAUCUUCUGCCGGUUUUUGGAUCUUCUGAAUUUAAAAGUGCUGCUCUGAUUCGAAAUUUCGGAUCCUCGUAAAAAUGCUUCUCUGAAAUCUGAAUUUCAUAUAAAUUUUAAUUUUAUCACAUAGCAUUAUCACAUUUCAUAUUCGCAAUAUUUGCUGAAGCAUUUGAAGAAACUGAUUCAUUAAACGAGGAACAAAUCAAUUUCAGCAAAAAAAUUGAAAUGUAAUUGCAAUCCGUUUUAUUUUAGUUAUUCAAAGAAUAAACAAACCAAAUUCAUUUAUUUAACUUCACCGAUUUGUUUUUUAAAUGUUUGACAACCGAUUUUUCGGUUCUUCUAAAAUGAAAAUUCAGAUCUUCUGGAGUGAUUUUACCGAAUUUUCGGAUCCUCUGAAAAUUUCUUAUUUACCUCUCUACUUUGUUUAUUUCUUUAUUUUCUUUCUUACUGUUCAUACAAAGUAUAUAUUGAUGAUAAGCAUAAUACACACAUCUUUUUUCAAAUUCAC